AGGAAAGAAAUUGCGGAGCAGCGGGACGAGGAGACCGGUAUGCGGUAGCAGCUUUUAUAGUUCGCCUAUGUGUCCUUCUUCCCCGCUCUAACUGCCGUGGCCGAAGUGACCGAAUGGGAGUUACUAUUUGUCGCCCUAAAAUUUCAAAUUUUAUCGCCCUAAAUUAAAAAUUAGACACAUUUGUCCCUAUUCCCGAUUUCUAACCUAACUUUAGAUGAAUAAUCUCGCCGGCCACCACAAAUACCGGAUUCUGCUGCCCAGUCAUCAUCUGCCAUCGCCCACAUCAUCGGUCGGGAUGAGCAAGCAGAGAGGAGGAGAAGAGAGUAGUCGGGGGUCACCGUCCCUAUACCCAGCUUCAACACCAUCAUCUACAACGACUCCAUUCCGCUCCUCGACUAGAAAUCCAGUCCGCCGUCCUCCGCUUCUUACUCGACAAGAUUCACUUUCUCAUAACUAGAGCUUCAACAUGACAUGAUAUUGGCAGAGAUCUUUCAAGAAUCAUAAGCAAGAGAAAGGGGAUUAACCCUCGCAAUGAGGGUUCACUGAAAAUGCAUACAGAGCUCUUUGAAAUUAUGAGCUAAAGAACUUUUGAUUAAUUGAAAGGAAAUGGUCCUUCCAGACAAAAGCGAUGAAUCAGAAGAGAGAAGAAAACCCAGUUGCAAAAUUGAUUUAUCAACACAUGGAGGAACUUCUUUUUCUUCUGUUACUCCCUCUCCCAACUCACACCCAGAUCGGUGAAUCCCCCAAAACUUCGCCUACAAUUCCACCUUCCAAUUCCGAUAACAAGAACCAAAAGCACCUCAAUUUGGGACUCACAAUCACGGCCCUUCUUUCUUCUGUGCAUGCGUCAUGAUCUUAGGCUCAACUCAAUCAAUUUGUGAUUUAAUUAAGAAGUUUCGAUUUGGGAUUUAGGGUUUUUUCCUUUGAAGAAGAAGGAGAAAAGGAAGGCCACCGAAGCAGAGCGGUGAUGCUGAUCGUCAAGCGAGGCGAGCAGAGGAGGCCACCGAAGUAGAGCGGCGCCGCUGAUCGUCGGGCGAGGCGAGCAGGAGUAGAGGGAGGUGGCAGCUCGUCGGGGAAGACAGACGGAGAGGGAAGCUCUCUAACGUUGGGUGAACUUUAGGGCGAUUUAUUUUUGGGGGCAAAAUCGUACAUUCAAUACAGUUUAGGGCGAUUUAUUUAAAAAUAUAGGGCGUUAAAUAGGAAUCCAGAUAAUUUGUCGAGACUGCCGCCACAAUUCUCCAGCAGCCUAGGUCCGGAGAAAUGAAUCUUUACAUUCACGACCUCUCUCUACUCGACUCCGGCGACUUUUCCGAUCCAUUCCUCGAUCGCUUCUCCCUUUCCCAUCUCAACCCUUCUCCUUCCUCUUGGUCAUCAUCAGCCUCUUCAGCUCCAUCGCCGCGCCAUGACACCACUGCCACUGACGCCGAUCAAAACCCUCCGCCGCAUCGUUACGACGGGACUUCACCGCUGCCGCUGGGAAUGGACUGGACCCCAUAUCCUCAGCAUCCUGUACAGAGUACAGUUUGGCCAGAGGAUACCCGAAAAGGAUGGAGUUACUGGGUUACAAUCCCUUCUUGGACUCUAAUGACAAAUUCAUCAGGUUCAAAUCCCACGACGUUCUAUAGGGUUCAAGUUGGUCUGCAAUCACCUAAUGUGGCUGCCAGUGCCACCACUAGAGAGAUACUGCGAAGAUUUAGCGAUUUUUUGAAACUGCAAUCUGAUCUGCAAAAAGAAUUUCCCUUGAGGAAGAUGCCUCCAGCUCCACCUAAGAGGAUUUUGAAAGUUCAAAGCAAGACAUUGCUGGAAGAGCGAAGGUGCUCUCUGGAGAAUUGGAUUGAGCAACUAUUGUCGGACAUAUAUGUCUCUAGAAGCGCUGCUGUGGGGAUCUUUCUUGAGCUCGAAGCAAGUGUAAGGUCAUUUUUUGAUGGAGUGCAUGAAGAUUCAAAUUCUUCUGUAAGUGAUGUGGCUCCUCCAAUUUUGUCCCAAAUCGGCGAAGAUCUUUAUGUACCUUCCAACAGUUCAUUCAUUGCAUCAGAUUAUUGCAAUGAUUUAACGGAGGAAAUAUCCGGUGGUGAAGCAACAAGAGAGAGAAGUGAUAACAAUGGCAACAGGACAUCUGAAGAUAAAGCUGUCCUUAGCAGUGGAAUAACAUCUUUGCUUCAAUUUGAGAAUCAUAAGCCUGAUUUUAAUGUGUAUAGGCAUUUCGUUGAAAGAUCAUUGAGAGAGUCAACUUCUGUCGAUGCAAGUGAAAUAUCAAAUUUGGUUGUGGAUAAUGGUGAAGAUGAUUUCCUCGAAGGAGCUGAAAUCACUGAUGUUACUGACAGCUCAAAUGUGAGGCUCCAAGAUGGCUUGCUAGUUGCUUUUCCCUCUUAUGAGCGUCAAAAUUUGAACAGGGUUCUUGAUAAGGUGGUGCAGAGAGUAGCUAUAGCGAAAACCGACAUUGAAGAUCUUAUGGGAAGGUUCAACAAGGAAGUUGCUGUGAAGCAAUUUUUAAUGAUGAGAGUGAAGGAUUUGGAAGCAGAUCUUGAGACCACUAAAGAUAGCUGCAAAGAGAACAUGCAGCAAGCUGCCUUGAAGGAAAGAGAAAGAUUCACUCAAAUGCAGUGGGAUAUUGAAGAACUAAAGAACAGAUAUUUUGAGAAGGAAAUGAACUUGGAGUUUGAACAGGCUCAGAGGGAACAUGAGGAGUCUUUGAAAAAUUCACUAAUUAAGGAGAACGAAACGUUGCUGAAACAGUUUGGUACUGCAAAGGAAGAGCUUGAAAAUAUGUGUAAACAACUAGAAGAGGUAGAGCUGAAGUCAAAAACAGAGGUAAAGCUUCUUGUAAAAGAAGUCAAGUCUCUUAGAGGUUCUAAUUCUGAACUCAGACAGGAGCUUACCUGCUUCACAAAGGAAAAAGAGGACCUAGAGAGUGCUCUUCUUAAGGAAAGGGAAGAGAAGGCGAAGGUGACAACUGCCAAUGUGAAGUUGCUGCAUGAAUGUGAAAUCCUUUGUGACAGGCUUCAACAAUGUAGUGUCAACUUCCUCAUUGGAGAGAAGAACAAGAUAAUCGUGGACUCAUCCUCCUCGCCCUCUGAUGCCAUUGAUCUGCUGGAAACCUCCGACAGUCGAAUAGGCCUCCUUCUCGCAGAGGCGCAGCUGCUGGUAGAUGAAGCAGGAACAUCAGCACCGGUGCUAAACGUAAACGGGGAUGGAGGUGUUGGUGAAGAUGCAACUGACAAGAAACUGAGGAAGAUGCUUGCAGAAACGUUCAUUAACUAUGCUAGAUCGAAAAUGGAGGUGAAUUCAGUGAUCCGCUGUGCUCUAAAUGCUACUGCUGGUAUGGACAGCAGCGAGUUCGAUGCUUCCGAGGAGGAAACCCCCAAAGAACGAACCGCAUUAAGCAAGAUCCUGGAUAAGUGAAUGACAAAUGCUCAUCGUAGCAAACAAGGGAAGCGUCGAAGCGGGCGCCUUAGAUACGUUGUUUGUCAUGUUGUACAAACUUAGCACAAUUCUACGACUGAACUGAUCUUAUAAAUGGUCAGAAGUCUG